GACGUCACGGUCAAUGUAACAGUGUGGGGGUUGGAGACGCAAAGUAUCAAACUCGCUAGCAAGGGUGUCCUACAACAAGAUUAGCUAUAUCUUUUGCACACAACCGCUGUUGUGUAUAUUAUAGUUCGUGUUGUGGGGCAGGGCAGGACGAUAAAAUACACCCUACACAGUUGCAGAAAGAAGGGGAGAUUACUAUAAAUGUUUGUAACUAGCCAGUUUGCUGUUUAAAUGUACUAGCUACUGUAGUAUAGUAGCUAACUGUCGUUUGUUGAGUUGACUUUUUCCCGUCGCCGAAGAAGAAAAGUUAAACUUUUCUUAGCCAUCAAAACCAGAGAACGUCGGUAACCUACCAUUGCGUUUUACAGAGGAUCUGACAGCUAACUGAUAUUGGCAAUAUCUGUAUCGCAACGACGGAGGGAUAUGGCCCAAGAGACCAACCAGAGUCAGGGACCUCUGCUCUGCACCACCGGCUGUGGUUUCUACGGCAACCCGCGGAACAGCGGCAUGUGCUCGGUGUGCUACAAAGACUUCCUGCAGAGACAGAACAGCAACGGAAGGGUGUCUCCCCCAGGGUCGUCCUCUGCAUGCAGCCGGGGAGAGUCUCUCCUAGCACAGUGCUCUGAGAGCAGUACUGUAGAUGUACCAUCAGCCUCACCACACACUGACACAGCCUCAGGACACACCAGCCCAGCUCUGUUGACGCCAGCAUUGCCAGUUUCGUCAGAGGCGAGCCCAGCAGCUAAAGCAGGCCUGAAGACAGAGGAGAUACAAGGGCCUGUCUCUACCCCUGAGGGACCUGUGGACGACCAGGAUCAAGCCUCAGACAAACCCAAAGCCAAGAAGAACCGCUGCUUUACCUGCCGCAAGAAAGUGGGCCUCACAGGGUUUGACUGCAGAUGUGGUCAUGUGUUCUGUGGCAUGCACAGAUACUCAGACAUUCACAACUGCACCUUCGACUACAAGGCGGACGCAGCGGAGAAGAUCAGGAAAGAGAACCCUGUCAUCGUCGGAGAGAAGAUCCAGAAGAUCUAGAAGAUCUGACCUGCGACUGAGUAGAGAAAGGCAUCCGUUGGCCAUGUUGGUUUUUGGCUUUACCUUUGCUCCCUGCUUUGUUGCUGUUGCUGAGCAACACGCCUUCCAAUUGUCAGAUCCUUAAAUCAUGCAUGCCACUCUGAAAACUUUUCUUUGAAGAUUUAUUUUAUUGGAACCCAUUUCCUUUUCUGCAAGUUAUUUGAAUAUAUUUUACCUCUUAACGUUGCCCGUUGUUGGUUGUGAUAUCUCUAAUAGGGAAAAUACAUUUUACGGAUAUAUUUUGAUUAGGGCUUUGACCUUUUUAAUUUGGGGCUACCUGAAGGGCUGUGCUUCUUUAAAUGCAUGCAAAUACCUUUACCUGCCUCUCCUAUGUAUGUAGCACUAGUCAAUAACCGAAUGUAUUACGACAUGCAAACCCCCUCAGAUAUCUUGUUUUACAUGACAGAAAUGUACAUUUGCUGGUCUGUUCCUUCACCUUUUGUAUAAUUGAGUCAUUAUGGAGUGUGAGUUGACAGUGUGUGUUUGUGUGUAUGUACGUUUCGGAAGUGAUCAUGAAUAGACUAUAUGCACGUUGUUGCUGGUUGUAAGUUUAUUUGAAAAUAUAGUUCAUUUAUGAGUGAACAAAGGAAUGACCUGAAUUUAUUGUGAUGUAUUUAUGUUAGUUUAUUCACUGUUACAACUUUGAUCUGAAUAAAGUUCAAACUUUCUUUCUCAAUUGAAAAA